ACGGUUCGCAACUUAGAACUUCAAUGUUGCUUCGCUUUUGGCUCUCAGGUGACUGAAAAAUUCGCGAGUUCUCAUUCUCAUUGAGCAACAAUGAGCAACACCUCUGCCGGAACCUCGUCAAAAACAAAAGCAUCAUCCUCACAACCAUCAGAAACUUCAUCCAAGCGCAAAAGAGGAGUUUUCCAAAAAGAAUUGCAGCACAUGAUGUAUGGCUUUGGAGAUGAUCCUAAUCCACUUCCUGAAAGUGUAGCGCUUAUGGAGGACAUUGUUGUAGAAUAUGUCACAGAACUGGUACAUAAAGCCCAAGAUAUUGGAUCUCAGAGGGGGAAGCUAUCAGUUGAAGAUUUCCUCUAUUUGAUUCGCAAGGAUAUGCCAAAACUUAACCGAUGCACAGAAUUGCUGUCUAUGAAUGAAGAGCUGAAACAAGCAAGAAAGGUUUUUGAAUCAGACGAGGAGAAACUGAGGAAGGUUUUUGAGGUUGAUGACACAGCUGAAGGAUGAACUAUGAAGAUUGUUGAAAUGCUCCAUUGCUGCAUUCUCGAUUGGUGCCGACUGCCGAGCUGGUCUCACUUUGUUGGUUAUAAUAUUCAUGUUUUGAGGAUGCUCUAGAUAUGAAACUAUACCCGAAGGCCAUGAUUGAAUUGAAACUGUUUUAUCUUCAUACGUGAAUAUGACGUGUACAUAAUAAUGUGAUAGAAGUUUCAUGAGAAAAUAUAACUACCAACUCGUUCCAGCAAUUUACUGGAAUUUAAAGCAUACGUUAUGCUGCCUUCAAUGCUCAGGACCAAACGCAGCAAUUCACAAAGAUGAGCCAGUGAUAGAGUUAUAACUAUAUUAGGUUAGAGAUUAGCUUGGAGUAUAUAGGACAUAUCUUCUCGGCCGAAGGUGUCUCAGCAGACCCAAAAAUAUUAGAUAUGUGGUUAUGGUCAACUCCAAAGGGCAUAAAAGGCUUGCGUGGAUUUGUGGGAUUGACGGGUGAUUAUAGGCGUUUUGUAAAAGGUUAGGGUGAAAUCAUUAUGCCCUUAACCCAGCUAUUGAAAAAAGAAUCUCGGUGUAAUAUUGAAGCACAACUUGCAUUUGAUAAGCUGAAAGGUGCUAUCACAGCUUUGCCAAUUUUUGCUGUUCCUGAUUUUUCAUGUUAGAAACUAAUGCUUCGGGCAAAGAUAAAUUUAUAAUUAGUUAAC